GGCAGUUGUAAAGUAAAUCUGACUUUCUUAAGAUUCACAUGUUUUUAAGUUAGAUUCCUUCAGAUUUAACUCUUACAUGCUGUUUCCAUAUGUAGAUGGUGUUUGUGCUGCAUAAGGUUACUGUAGUUACCAUGUUAAAAUUACUGUUGUGGCUCCUUUAUAAAUGUUGUGCUUGCUGAUGCAUAGGAUUUUGAUGGCGUUUUGAUGAAUGUGUUGAAACUGGAGUCAGGUAUUUUUGGAUUUCCUACUCUUCACAUGUAGGUAAAAAUUCAUUUUGCUUAUAUCGCUUUUAGGACAGAAAGCGUCUUGCAUGCUGAAAUUGCACAAUAUGAAGAAGCUGAGAAGUUUUGUAUCCAGCUGAUCAGUGAGUUUCUUCAGAGUUAUGGCCUGGUCUCCACACUUCAGGCAUUCACCAAAGAGUGCACCGAGUUGGGAUAUGUUGUACCGCUUACCACAGAGAAGGACCGCAUCAAGAAAGAGAGCCUGUUAAAAAUACUGGAGCAUUUUGCUCAUAGAAAUCUGAACAAUUUCUUUGAUGCAUGGCAGGUCCUUGUGCCGCCAUCCAUACAAGAGAAGCUGGAGUGUAAGAAGCUGACCUUCUACCUACACAUUCACUUCGCUGUCUUGCCCCUGAGGAAGAGAAUCAAGGCCGCCGUGCUUGACGGCAAUGCGUCCAUACAGUCAGGCGACACCAGUACAGGGCAGAGACGUGAGCAGGUGCUGGAUCAGAGUGAACAGUUGCAGACUGAGGAGAUGGAAGGAGAGUCAGAGACUGAUGACACCCAUGGGAUGGAAGUGUUGAGGCACUUCCUGGAUUCGAAGGGCACUGAGUUCAGUGCUGAACCUGAGUUCCUGCCGUACUAUGCCCUCCCAUUCGUCAGUGACCCUGUGUCUCAUCCUUCAUUCCAGGAGCUCUUCAUGGAGAGCUGGGUGAAGCGCUUGACGGGAAAUUUGCGAGACUUUCUUGUGAAUCACAGCUGGGGGUCAGCAGUGGCACCACGACUGCUCAAGCUGGGGCUCGAGGCCCAGUGCAACACAGCACACAAGGCAUAUGCACAACUGCUGGAGGCCAACAGGAACUUGAAGCAGCUCAAGCGAAGGUACCAGAGACUUUACAAGGAUCAUCACAACCUUCUUGGUGUUGCUGCAGAGCUGACAGGCGCACUGGAGAACUCUGUGAAGGGGCAGGCUGUAGACUUAAAGGCGACCCUGGACAACUGCACCAAGAUCUUCCCAGACCUCUUCACCAAGUCACCAGGAACAGAACAGCAGUCAGAGGUGACCACAGUGAUCAGUGUGACAAGGGAAUCAUCACUGUCCUCACCAUGUGCUGCUGGUGGCACUAGCAUUCACAAGGCUGGCAAGGCAACGCCAGAGGAUGCCAUCUGUCGCCCAGUACCCCAGAGUCAAGAGGACCACCCUGCCAUAGGCUUUGACCUGGACUUCCACAAGAUAAAGUGGAACCUGUCGUGUGGCAGCAUGAAAACCAAGCUGCUGCUGUUCCAAGCUCUCAGAUGGCGCAUCACCAAGAGUCCCCCUGAAGACAGAGACCUUGUGGUAGCAUCAUACUUCCGUCGUGAUAUCCUGAGCCUCCAUCAUUCUCCACAGCCCUCCCCUGUGCAGCUACCCCUCUCUGCACACUUUAACCCCACACAUGCAUCCACCCCCCAUCCCUUACAGCAGGCUGCAGCUCGGCUAGUCAAUACUGUGGCCUCUCUGCGCUGUGGACGGGACUAUCUCUGCUCUGCAGGAUCUGGGGUUCUCAGGGUGCUGGUACACUGCCUGCAGGGUGAUAAGGGCAUUAAGAUAGACGAUGUGACAGCUGACAUGAUCUUGGCAACACUACAGAAACUCAGCUUGAGGCAUAGCCAGCGAGUGGGGAUGAUAGAGCUGGGGCUAGUGGAGUGGUUGAUCAAACAUCUUAGUGCCAACAUGAACGCUAUGAAGGCCUACACUCUGGAGUAUAGCACUGCACUACUCAUGAACCUCUGUCUUCACCGCAGUGCCAAGGAGCGCUGUGUGCCUGUUGCCAAGACGGUGCUGAAACUGCUGAUCACACUGCUGGGCACCAAAAUGACACAGGCCAUCCCAUAUGUGAACGGAGCCCUGUAUAGCUUGCUUGCACAUCCACAGAUCAAUGACGAGGCCAAGCACAUGGGUCUUUGUGACAUGCUUGAGUUCUACCUUAAGAACAGUGACGGGGAGAUGAGCAAGCAGCUGGAAUACAUCUUGAAGCUGCAUCGAGGGCACUGCCAGCCAGACCACAGUUCUACUUCUGACCAGGAGAAUGGUGAUGAUGACAUGGAGGAGAUGGAUCUGCUGGAAGAGGAACUCGACAGCAAUGACCCAGUGCACAGCCUACAUGGCGAGUUGAGUGGAGACCAGCUACUGUACCAGCAGUAUCGGCUGGUGUUUCCAUACCACGGGGUUGUGCACACAUCCUCCUCAUCCACAGCGCAGUCUGCUGGAGAUGUGGUACUGCGUCCCACAACACCUCGGCUCCAUUCUCUUGGGUCUUCAGAAGGGAAGUAUGUCUCAUAUAAGUCUGCCACCUCAAUGGAGCCUAGCCACCAUGAAAAGAAUGGAGCAGAAGUGUCAGAAACAUGCUCGAAGAUGUGUGACUCGUGAGUAGUGUGUGCAGUUGUAAAGCGUAUGUUGUCUCGGUAACUGAAUGUUGAGUCACAAGUCAUUUGUAAGGAUAUGAUGAAUUGUCUAGGAACUGUGUGUUGUGUUUGUGUUGACCAGUGUGAUCUUGGAGAGUCUAGAACAAGAGGAG